AUGGCGUCCACUUCGUUUAGAGAUUCGAUGAACUCCUUGGGCUGGUCGCGGCGGGACCAAGAUGUGCCUGUCAACACGGCGCAGCAGAGCGGUCUCAUGUCGUCCAUCAAGUCGCUCAACCCGUUCCAGAACAAUAGCUACAUCCAGCUCCCGACAACCGAGGGCGCUGGCGCGCCUCUGCCUGCUCCCAACCGGAGGGAAGAGGAGGAAGGCUUUGCAACGCUGAGUCGAUGGGACCGUCUGCUCAUCUUCGGUGCCUGCAACCUAGGCGCCCUUGCCUGCUUUGUCCUUUGCUUCGCCUUCCUUCCGGUCAUGUCUGUGCGGCCGCGCAAGUUUGUUAUUCUGUGA